AUCGACGGUCGCAAACAAUAAUCACUCUUGCAGGUUCCAAGUUGCGUUCUCAGUUCUCUAAAUAGCCAUGUCCAGCACUCGGAAACAGGUAUUAGACCUCUACAAGCGGCUCCAGUACCUGGGCCGCGACUAUCCCGGUGGGCCGGAAAUGUUCCGGAAAAAGUGCUACAACGCAUUCAAACGGCAAAGCACGGAAACCGACCCGCAGAAGAUCGAGAAGGCCAUCAGUCUGGGCGAGUACGUACAGAAGGAGAUCGAAGCGCUGUAUAGCUUGAAGAAGUAUCGCGCCAUGAAGAAGAGAUACUACGACAACUAAUCGUUGUUGACAGAUAAGCAGCUCAUCGAAUUUAAGAGAGUGAAUUUUUAUAUUAAGGGGUAUUCACACAGCGGAUCCUAAACGUACACGCCCUCCGUAAAUGCGUAAUCUUCCAUGUAUGUUAUGUAGUGAAUACCCCUAUUUUAUUUACAGAAUUUGUUAGGAUGUAAACUUUUGUAAAAGUGUGACUGAAGAUGAUUUUGUAUAUUUAGC